AUGAAACAACUGGCUCGUAAAUAUUGCUAUUGGAAUGGAAUAGACUCAAGCAUAGAAAAACUCGUCAGGUCUUGUGAAAAAUGUGCUCUUUGUAAGAAUAGUCCUCCUCAGAUCACUACUCAUCAUUGGGAUGAACCAAAUGCUAAUUUCGAUAGAGUACAUAUUGAUUACGCUGGUCCAUUGCAAGGUUAUAAUUUCUUCGUUCUAAUCGAUGCAAAAUCAAAGUGGCCAGAAAUCAAAGUUACAAAUUCAGCUCCUACAUCAGAGGUAACUAUCAAAUUUCUUCAAGACAUUGUAGCAACACAUGGUCUACCAAAAGUUAUUGUAUCAGAUAACGCUUCGAUUUUUCAAAGCAAUGAAUUCAAAGCAUACUGUAAGGAAAAUAGUAUAAUGCAAACAUUUAUAGCGCCAGGACAUCCAGCUACAAACGGGUUAGCCGAACGAUAUAUUAAAACAUUAAAAUCAAAAUUAAACGCGAUGUCAGAAAAAGAAGGCUCAAUACAUAAUAAAGUACGUGAAAUAUUAUAUCGUUAUAGAGCAACACCUUUAUCAAAUGGUAAAAGUCCAGCACAACAAUAUCUUGGAAGAGAGAUGAGAAUCAAAUUAGAUUGCCUACGUCCUGUUAAAUAUGAAAAAUCUUCCAACGAAAAAGUCAACUCAAUUCGAAAUUUAAGUGUGGGAGAUAGAGUUCAGUCAAGAUUUUACUCAAACGGAAAACCAGCUUGGAAAUUUGGAGUUGUUAAGAAAAAGUUUGGUCAACUGCAUUAUGAAAUCGAGCUCGACAAUGGAUAUGUAUUAAAACGCCAUAUAAACCAAUUAUACAAAUCAGAAGUGGUUUUACCCGAAAAGGAAAAUACUAUUCAAGAAGAUCAACCGAAAAGAAGUGAUCCAAGUAUAGAUGAAAUACAAAUUCAAUUUGAGCAAGUUCCAGUAAUUCCAGGAAGUUUUGAAGUUCGAAGACAAUCAGGAAUAGAGACAAUGAACAUUCCUGAAAAUCGAAUACACACAGACAUAGAACCAAGCAACAUUCCUGUUCCAAAUCGAAGAACGAAUAGAAACCGACGGCGGCCAGGAUAUCUUCAAGAUUAUGAAUAA